UCCUCUGCUUCUUUUCGUCUUCAACAGUUGCUUCCCACGAUCACCAUUUUCAAGCCCUAACCCAUUUCUUCUUCCCACGAUCACCUUCUCCAAGCCCUCACCCACGUUUUCCUCAACCUACAUUGUCAUCCUCCCCUGUUUUUUUUCUAUAUAAAUGGCAACCACUAGAAGUGGUUCGAAAUCCCCAUCUCCGGCCAAGAAACACCCUAAAAAAUCUAAGAAGCCUCCAACUGUUUCUUCCAAAGUCGAAGCUAAGAUGGGGUAAAAAAAAAUUGCUAAGAAAUUAGUGGGUGAUGUUCCAGAGACAUCGGGCACUAAGAAAAGAGCCCUUCCAGUUAAGGUCGACGCUCCUAAGCCUAAGAGAGCUAAAAUUUCCAAGUCUGCACGCGAUGUAAGUUUCUUAUUGUUGUUUUUCAAUUUUUCUUUAGUUUUUUUUUCUGGUUGUUCUAUAUGUUGUAUUACAUUUGAUGAUUUAAUGUUUUCCCCCUUUUUGUUCUAGGUUUCCUCAAAUUUUGAUUUUGAGGAUGAAGUGCAUGCUGAGGACCAAAAGCCUAAACUUAAAUCGAAGGUAAUUUUAAAUUGCUUGGUAUCAUUUUAUUGAGUUAAUUUUUACAUCAGCUUUUUAGGUCACUGAUUUAGUUUAUGUUUUGUGUUGUUCUUUAUGUAUUUCUGUCAUGUAUUGUGGUUGAUGUUGUUUUCUUGUUUUUAUUCAGUUGUUCUUUGGUUGUUUUUAAAUUACACAGUUCAAUUCGUAUUGUGUUACAGUUAUUUACUGCAAUUUCCCCAUUGGUUAUUUAUAUGUUUAUUGUGAGUUUUUGUUCGGUUGUCUACCACAAUAUUAGUAUUGAGAAGCAUUUUAGUAAUUUCAUUUUCAACAAGAUGUUACAGUGUUGUUAAUACUUUAGUUAUUUAUAUGUUUAUUGUGAGUUUUUUUUCGGUUGUUUAUCACAAUAUUGUUAUCGAGAAGCAUUUUAAAAUUUUCAUUUUUAACUAGCUUUUACAGUGUUGUUAAUACUUUUAGUUGUUUAUCUGUUUAUUGUUAGUUUUGUUUUGGUUGUUUAUCAUUAUAAAAUUUUCACUUUUUACAAACAACUACAGUGUUUUAAAUAUAUUUCGUUUGUUUAUCUGUUUAUUGUGAGUUUUGUUUGGGUUUUUUUAUGAUAAUUUCAGUAUUCACAACCAAUUUAUAACUUUUAUUUUUUACAAGUUGUUACAGUGUUGUUACUGUAUUUUUUGAAAGUUGUUUAUCUUUUACGUUUAUCAUACUGUAACGGUUUCAUAAAUGUUGUUUUUAGGUUUUGUAUUGGUUGUAUUUUGGUUACUACAUUUUAUGUUUGCCUUGUUCUUGUUGCUCAGAUUUGUUGCUUAUGUUUUAUUUUGUAUUUCUAUUUUUUGCAGGUCCAUGUUAGGACCUCAGAGAAGGUUGAAGGAUUUGACUUACCAAAAAAAAAAUCCCCCUAAGGUGUCCUUUUUUAAAAAAAAAUUGUUUUUAUUAUUUGUUUUCUGUUUCUGUUUUAGUUUUUUUGUUUUGUCCUCAUUUUUUUUUUCAAUUGAUACAGGAAUGGGAUUAUAUUUAUGAUCAGACGAAUCUCUUCAUUGCGAAAGCCUUUUCGACUGCUACUUUCCAGGUGUUAGAAAACAUUAAGUCUUGCAUUUCACCUGAACAGCUUGAAAUGUUUUCCAAAACCUGUUUUGGACAUUUCCUUAAGCUUCCUGAUUUUAAAGUUCAACCGCAAGUGUUUCAUGGGUUGUUGUUGCGGGAGGUUCAGCAACCUAAUGAUGCUGAGUUGUGGGUAAUGAUACGCGGUGUUAGGCUUAGGUUUAGCAUUGAGGAGUUUGCUUUGAUUACUGGUUUAGACUGUGAAGGUGACUGUAGUGUUUUAGAUUUUAAGCAAGACGUUAAUAGUCUUUCUGAAAAAUAUUGGCCAACUUCAUCCUCUAUCACUAAGGAAUCUGUUAGGGAAUGUUUUACCACCAAGAGGUGGGGUGAUUCUGAUGAGGAUCCUGUGAAGUUGGGAGUUUUGUAUUUUGUGGAAUGGUUUUUGCUUAGUGCCACUAAGCUUUAAAAUGUACCUAGGUCUAUUUUAGAUGUUGUAGACAGUGGGAGGUACAAUGAAUUUGCUUGGGGACGGAGUUCUUUUGAACUGACUAUUUCGUCAUUGAAGGGUAAGCUUGACAGUUGAGUUGAAGGUGUUAGGAAGGCAAGGAGUUCGGGAAAGAGGCCGAGUGUUUUUUACACUUUGAUUGGUUGUCCUCAUAUUUUUCAAAUUUGGUUCUAUGAGUGUUGUAAGUACAUGAAAGGUAAGUAUUGCCAAAAGGAAAACUCUCGUAUUCCAAGGAUUAUUCAGUGGACAUGCAAUAGUCAGCCGACUUUCAAAGUUUUAAAGACUACUAUUUUUGAUGUUUCCAAAGAUAAGGUAUAUCUGCUUGUUUUAAUUUGGUUUUUUAGUAGUUGUUUUUAUGUUGUUUUUCAUUAUUAAUAAUCUUUAUAAUUGAAAUUUUCAUUUUGUUGUUUUUUAAUCAGCUGGAACUAUCAAAUAUGAGGCCCACUGCUGCUGAGUUCAAAGCUUUGAAAUUGAGCAGUUUCAAGUUUGACACUGACUACAAUUCUUACAAGAGUGUUCCUGUUCCCGAAGAGCCUUCUGUUGCUCAGAGUGACAUUUCUGUCAAGCUUGAUGCUUUUUCUGAGAAAUUUGAUGGGUUGGAGGUGAAGAUCGAUUUGCUGCAUACUUCCCAACAGAAGAUUUCUUCCGAUUUGGUUGAGUUGAAAGAGUGUGUGUCUGCACAGUUUGUUUCUUUUGGUGCUCAGAUGGCUUCAAUGCAGACACAGUUUUCUAAUAUUUUUGCCGAUUCUUAUGCUAAGGUAUGUUAGUUUUUCAAUGGUUGUUUUUCAGUUUUUUUUAGGUUGUUUUAUACUAAUUUAAAUUAUAUUUUCAAUAUAGGACAAAGGCAGUGACUCUUCCAAUGAUGAUGGUGGAAGUGGUAAUGAAGAAGAUUUUGAUUUAGAUGAAUCUGAAGAAAGUGAUGACAAUGAAGAAGAGAAUGUUAUGGGUGAUGAAGAAGGUGAGGGUAGUGAAGGUGAAGAGAAGGAUGGUGAAGCUGAUGAACAUUCUGAGUCAAAAGAAAAAAAUGAUAAGGGCAGUGAUGAUGAAUGCACUGAUAGUGAGGAGAAGGUAGAUAAGUAGACAAUGUAACUAGAUUUUAGUUACUUUGUGUGGUUUAUUUCGUUGUAAGUCCGUUUAGGUAGAGGUUUUGUAAUUCUAUGUUCUUGUUAUGUCUCUUCUUAUGUUUUAGUUUUUUUUUUUAAAAAAAAAAAUUGCAACUAUUUUUCAGACUAUUUAUUUGUAUUUAUUAUGUUAUUUAGAUGGCUGUGUUUAUAGAUUAUGUUGUUCGCAAUUAUUGUUGGUCUUCUUAUUUACUUUUUGUUUUUAUUUUGUUUUUUAGUUGUUAUGUAGUUUUUUCUUUGUUGAAGCCUUUUACAAAAAAAUAACUUCAUUUUUUUUUCUAUCUUUUCUUUCCUUUUUUUUUUUUUUCUGUAUCAAGAAUUUCGUUGAUUUCAAUGACGGAUCUACUCAAAUAGAUGUUGAGGCUACUGUUCAGUCCGGUGUGAAAGCAGUUGAGAUUAUGGUAAUGUUACUUUUGUGUUGUUUUUUGGUUGUGUAAAGGUUGUUAUUUUUUAACCUUGCUCUAAUUACUUUUUAAUACCAUAUAUAAACAGGUGUCUUCAUAUGGAAUUGGUGGUGAUUCUAGUAAAUAGAUUUCAGUUUCUGAAAAUGUUGAGGUUACGGAUCAUCGUCUUGUUUGUUUUGAGGUAUAUUUUUUUAAUGGUUGUUUUUUAGUUUCUUCAUACUUUUUGUGUUUAACACUGACUUUUUUUUUCAUUUUGUUGGAAAAAAUAUAUUAGAUGGGUGCAACAGGUCUCAAUGUUGAUUCUAACAUUGAACUUGUUGAAGAUGACCCAAUUCCCGUUGAAGAAACUCCUCUUGUUGACAAGAGGAAAUCUAAGAAACCCAUAGCGUUGACGUCUCCGUUUAUGGAGUAUGACUCUUCCAUUUCUAGUUCUAAAGAUGGUUCUGGUUAUGGAGUUGUUAAGUAUGUGGCUGGUUUGUGUCCUCUUGAUGAUAAGAUUGGUGAAGAUGUAGAACAUAAAGACGAGAAUAAUUUUGACUUGUGGCUUGGUGAAGGACGGCGAUCAAAGAAAGAUCCCCAUGACAAGGACAAGGUUUACUUGAAGGGUAAGGAUAAGAUUGUUCCCCAUUUUUCGUUUUGGCGUGGAAGAUGUUGCAACCAAGAUGUGGUUCCAAAAGCUUGCAUAUCCUGGCCAAUGUUUAACUAAUUCUGUAAGUUAAUUUUUUUUUUUUGAUUUUUUAAAAAAAUGUCAGUCUAUAGUUUUCUUCAUGUUGUUUGUUGGUUGUUUUUCAGUUGUUGAUAUAUAAUUCAUUUUCUUAAUUUUGAACAUUUCUCAUUUUUUAUUGUUUAGCAUUUGGAUAUCAUUUUUUACUAUCUACGUAAAAAAGGAAAGUAUGCAAAGGAGCCAAAGGUUAAGUUCACAACCACCGAUUGCUUAUUCUUCAAAACCAUUCAUGCUUUGUAUAAAAAAUUUGUUGCACAGAAAAAAGAUCUUUCUUUGAUAACUGCCCAGCAUGCCAUUGCUGAUUAUAUCAGAGGUAGAAAAAUGUUAUGUGGUUCCCCUUGGCAUUUGUGCGAUCAUGUUUUGUUUAUCAUCCAUAUGGAGACUGAAUCACAUCGGAUUCUUGGUCGCUUGAAUAUUGAGGAAAGGCGUAUGUACAUGUACAACUCCUUGUCGACUGCUAUGAAAGAUAGUGCCGCUAUCAAAGCUUGUCAGCCAUUUGCGGUGUUGUUGCCCCACUUUUUUGCUUUGUUCGAUGAGUUCAAAAAGGAAAACAAACCGGUUUGUUUAGACCAUUUCGAAGUUGUUAAGGUUGAUGGUUUGCCUCAACAAACCUCGAAGUAAGUUGUGUUUAGUUUUUAUUUUCAAGUGUUGUUUUAUUUUUUUUAUGUUAUUUUCCUUUUUUUAAGUUUUUCUGAUGUUGUUUUUGUUGGGUUUUAUGCCCUAAAUAAAACUCUGUUUCAAUGUAAUCCAGAUUAUUCAAUAUCAAUAAAGUAACAGAAGUAAUUUUUCAUUCACUUGUGUAUGUUUUGGUUCACUUAAUCAAUUGCUUGUCUAUUUGAUUUAUAAAUUCAUCCAAACCCUUUUUCACAUACUUGAUCAUGUUUAUUGUGUUGUCAACACAGUGGAAAAUAAACAUGACUAUGUGAAUAAAGUAUUCCUAGAUUUAUCAGAACACUGGGUUUCAUUGAUAUGACAAUCUACAACAGAGUUUACUUACAUUUGGAGAAAUGUUAUGUUCUUUCCAGAACAUAGGUUAAAGUAAAGCUCAGGUUGGAUGCAUGGAGUAUGCAUUGGAAUGGACCGAUAUUGAACUUUGAAUUAGAUUUUGAAACUUACCGUAAACAUCUAUUCAAUUCAAUAUCAUAAGUUGAUCCUAGAUCACAUGAUCGAAAUCCUGAUAUGGUUAGGCUUAAUUUCAAGAGUAUUAUUCGUGUUCUUUGAUUUGUUAGUUAAGCCUAAUCUUUAGUCUGGGCAAUACAUACAUUUUGGGAACACGGUAGUGCGAUUGAGUGAGAGCGCUAACAUAAAUAUGGAAUCUAUAGCUUCUAUCUGGCGAAUAGUAAGCAAAGGGUGAUUUCCUUCGAGCUUAACCAAACGAGAUAAAUGAUUGAGUACUCAUUUCACUUAGUUGAAAUAUCAUUUAUACAGGGUUAAGUGUUUUAAGGAUAAAAUACAUUGUAGGGUGUUACGGUAAUUUAGUCCCUUUAUAGUGUAAAUCAUCCAUAUAGAGGAUCAUUGAUCACAUUAGGAUUAUAACAAUGGAUAACUAAUAAUGUGUCUAUAUGGUGGAACAUAUAGAGCAUUCUAUAUACUGAGAGUGCAAUUCUGAGUUCUAUGUGUGGAUUCAA